AUGCGCUCGUUGCAGAUUGCGUUUCUCGCUAUUGUGCUCAUUUUGGUCCUUUUACCAUCCGUAAAUGCAUUUGGUGCAGGAUCUAUUCCAGAUUACGGCUUCCUCAAGGGCAAAGCAUAUCGACAUGGUGAUCUAGAAAACACCCUCGAACGUCUCGUCAGAAAUCACGCCGCUAGUGGUGGCGGCUUGCUCCAAACGCUCGUCGGAGGCAGUGCUGGCGGCAAGAAGUUCAGUACUCGAGAUAUUCGACAUGUCUACUUUGGAAACUGGUUGCGCGAUUACAGUCAAGCUAUGGACAUCGCUGGUCUUCAAAAGCUCUCCAAGGAGACGCUCAUCAUGAUUGUCUCCGUACUCAGCUUCAUGACGUUUGGUUUCGCUACAGAAGAAUUCGAGGUUACGGCUCAGAGAUUGGGUGUCUACCUUCCUGUCGAGCACAUCGACAAUCCGAAAGGCUAUGCCGAGAAAGAAGGCGAUCCUAGGCAGUUUCAUCCCUGGCUCCGGCCUCCAGUGCACCCGGCCGAGCUGGAAAUCGACCUUAGAACGGGAAUGAAGAACUAUAUCGCAAACGAAGGAAACUUUUGGGACACGUCUACGGCCUGUGUGAGACGCAAUCUAGGACGUUGUAUUGAACUCGCACGCACCUGCCAGUUGGAACAUGGUCCGGCUCUAUAUGAAGCGUACAGAUUGCUUGGGACAGGGCUCCAUACACUUGAAGACCUUCUCGCACAUUCCAACUGGGUCGAAUUGAUGCUCAUCAAGAUGGGUUACAACAACGUAUUCCCAUAUGUGGGUGAAAAUGUCCGAAUUCAAACUCCCAAUGGAUAUGCUCCUCCCUUGGUCACUGGUACAUUUGGAGGUGCUGAUUUUAUGUUCUCUGUAAUGAGCGAAGGUGGAGACAAAAUCAGUCAAAACUGUCUCGAAGACUUGAACAACCACUUUGCGGCUAGCGCAGGGGGUGGAGCCAAUGCGUCCAUUGAGCAAAUCAAGGCGAUUCUCGGACAGCUGCCCUCUUUUGGAGGAAAGGAUGAAAAGCUACAGCAGGCGGAGAACAUGCAGUCGAAUGCAUAUCAUUUUGAUCCCAACAAAUACUCGACGCAAGAAACACAGGCGCAGAUCUGGCAGGUCUUGUGCUGGAGGGACGAUAUUAUGAGGAAUGUGGAAGCGGUUAUUGCCAAGAUUCCAGGAUUGGAAAAACUCGUGGAAGAGUUGACGCAGGCAUUGACCGUCUACGUCUAUAGUAUACUUCAACCCUACAUCAUGCCAUCUUUGAAGGAGCUCUCCACCGUGCUUACAAAGCAGAGCAAGUCGGUGGUCGAUGAGGACAAGGCUCAGUUUGAAGUAUUCGAAGAUGCUUAUGCUUCCGAUCCGACGCACUCUAUGCUCUCCAAGGAUCACUUUGAUAACAUUCUCAACGAACCAUGCGGCAUAGUAGCCCAGGCGGUUGUCGAACACACAGUCAAUCUUGUUGUAGCAGCAUGGAGUGAUCCUAAUGUGGAUAUUGGUUGGACACUCAACGAAAUUAUGCAAGCAUUCCAUCAUCCAUUCUUUGCCAAUCCACAAUCACGGGUUCAAUGCUCUAUGGAGCAGGCUUUGUAUACGUGGUUCCAAAGUAUGGAUCCUCACGAUCAAGAUGAGACGCUUCGACGCCUCGAAAAGGAUUCCGUCAAACAUGGUCGGAACAAGCGUCUAGGCUCACCCGACGAUCAACCCCUAAAACACUCUCACGAGCCAAUCCCAUUCAAUUUCGAGGCGCGAUCCCAGCCUUCAGGUCAUGGUUACGAUACAGGCUACUCUCACGGAAGCAGUUAUGGACAAGCAACGCAGAAAUACGACAACGAUUAUUUGCCUGCUCCAUCCACCUAUGGGCAGCAAUAUGAUGAUGGUGGCGACAAUCAAUCUUACAGUGGCGGAUAUCAGCAGCAGCAGUCUUCAUAUGGGUACCAACAGCAACCUCAGUACGGAUAUCAGCCUCAAUCCGGAUACGGAUAUCAACAGUCAUACCAACCACCGCCAGAACAUCACCAACACCAUAGCGGUGGUGGUGGCGGAGGAUAUGCCGGUGCAGCACUCGGUGGACUUGCGGGGCUCGCUGCUGGCGUAGUAUUGGCCGAAGAAGGUGGCGACAUUAUCGAGGGCAUCGAAGACGCAGCAGGCGGGUUUGAGAAUUAUGCAGAGGAGGCAGAGGAUUACGUUGAAGGAGGUUUCCAAGACGUCGUUGAAGAUGUGACUGAAGACUUUGAAGAUUACUGA